AUGCAGCUCGGGUCCGGGCGUCGCUUAGUGUACCCACCGCCGGAGCAGCAAGGAGGUGGCCAUCGCCGCCGGUCCCAGCAAAGCUUAGAGGACAGGAUCAGCGGCAUCCCUGAGGACCUGCUCCUCGAGAUUAUCGUCCGUCUCAGGUCCGUCGCUGAAGCUGCAUGCGCCGGAGCGGUAUCCCGCGGCUGGCGCGACCUCUGGACUGAGCUUCCCGAGCUCACGUUCUGGUGCGCCAACCCUCUCCCUGUCGUGUCAGCGCUCGCCAGGAUCACCCGUUCCUCGGUGGACCCCCUCGACAUCAAUUUGUCAUCGGGCUGGAUGGAAGAAGACUGGGGUGGGGACGUAUCCUUGCUUCUCCGCUCCGCUGCACUUGUGUUGCCAGAGAAACUCAUCAUCUCUGUGAUGAUCCACCCCAUAAAAGACUACGCCGUCGAGCUUCCCUGCUUCGAGCGCACCUCCUACCUUAGUCUUGAGUUGAUGGGCAGCCUCCCAAUUACUUUGCCACAGUCCGGUGAGUUCACUGCGCUCAAGAGCCUUCACCUGCAAUCGUGCUGCAUCGACCUUGGCGCCCUGCUCCCCCUCUGCCCAUGUCUGCGCAUCCUGAACAUCCUGAACGUCAGCGAUCUCAGACAUGCUGACACGGUGAUUAUUCACUCGCCGUCGCUUGAGGAGUUCAGCUUGGAGAUAAAUAUUCAUGACAUCUGCCGCAUUGACAUCGCGACCCCAGUGCUUAAGGAGGUGACACUGGAGGUCGAUAUUGCCAAAGGCUUCAGCUUGUCCUUCUCGGCCCCAAUGGUGAAGAAACUCAGAUGGGGUUGCUCUUAUUCGUGCGUUACUGUUGGGUUCGGACAGAUAUGGCGCCUCGUGAGCAUAAGGGAGCGUGAGCUAGAUGAAUUUCAUGUCGUCUCGCUGACCAUAAUGAGUUCUGCUAAUUCAAAUGGUCUUCUGGAUGCAGAAUGGAGCAUUACACAGCUGAUAGCUCAUCUUCCAGUGGCUGUUUUUACUGUUUUAGAGCUGGAUCUCGAAAUAGAGGGGCAUACUUUUGGACCAAUGAUGUUUUACGUAUUCUGGUUGUUGAUCCUGUACUCCAAUUUUCUUUCAGUCGUUGAAAUUCAUGGCCUGCAAGGUGAAGAUGAUGAAGUUGAUUUCCUAAAAGCCAUACUCCGAUGUGCAACAGUGAUUCGGAGAUUGACAAUGACUAUUUCUGAUGACAUCUCACCAAGUAACAAUGGCUACGAGAAGAUCUGCAGCAUUAUGAAGGAAUAUCCUGAUGUGGAAUGCCAUAUUAUGGCAUCCGUUUCUGAGGGGUUCUUUAUCCAUGAAUAG